AUGAAUGAAAGUAUCUAUCUAUCUAUCUAUCUAUCUAUCUAUCUAUCUAUCUAUCUAUCUAUCUAUGUAAUUCUGUUCAUAUCUAUCUAUCUAUCCAUUUAUCUCUCUAUCUGUUCGUAUCUAUCUAUCUUUCUAAUUUUGUUCAUAUCUAUAUUUCUUUCUUUGUAUGUAUGUAUUUAUGACAUUCUGUUCAUAUCUAUCUAUCUAUCUAUCUAUCUAUCUAUCUAUCUAUGUAAUUCUGUUCAUAUCUAUCUAUCUAUCUAUCUAUCUAUCUAUCUAUCUAUCUAUCUAUCCACCGAUCUCUCAAUCUGUUCAUAUCUAGCUAUCUUUCUAAUUUUGUUCAUAUCUAUAUUUCUUUCUUUGCAUGUAUGUAUUUAUGACAUUCUGUCCAUAUCUAUCUAUCUAUCUAUCUAUCUAUCUAUCUAUGUAAUUCUGUUCAUAUCUAUCUAUCUAUUUAUCUAUCUAUCCAUCUCUCUAUAUCUGUUCAUAUCUCUCUGUCUUUCUAAUUUUGUUCAUAUCUAUAUUUCUUUCUUUGUAUGUAUCUAUCAUGUGGUAUAA